AUGGCAAUUUGUCGCUCUUUACAACCCUCAACCACCACCUGCGCCUCGCGCCUCGAGGCCAUGACCGUUUUUCUCCCCCUCGACCCCGAAACCGCGCUGCCAACCGUCCCAGCGUUCCUUAUACCACCAACGAAUGUGAACAGCCAGCUAAACCGUGCCAUCCAGGCGAUAAUGAAGGCAAAGAGGAUCGUGGUUGUCUGUGGAGCGGGGAUAUCUGUGCAGGCGGGCAUACCCGAUUUUCGCUCCUCGGAGGGGCUAUUUCAGACUAUCAAGCGGGACCAUCCCCGCGAGGCCAUGUCAUCGGGCAAAGAGCUCUUUGACGCCUCGGUGUUCAGCUCUGAGAACAAGACGUCUCUAUUCUGCCAAAUGAUUGCCCAACUGUCCGAUCUUUCGCAGGCGGCGGAACCGACAGCGUUUCACCACGUCCUCCGCUCGCUUGACGACCGCGGGAGGCUCUUGCGAGUGUACACGCAGAACAUUGACGCCAUCGAGGAGAAGUGCGGGCUCUCGUUUGGCGUGCCGGAGCUACGAACGAAAGCUCGCUCAAAGGGCAAGCCAAAAGACAUGAACGCCACAGAUGAUUCGUCGCCUCCCAGAUGCAUCCCGCUUCAUGGGACGCUGCAAUCGAUGCACUGCCAAGUGUGCAACCAUUCGUACCCGCUGUUGGAGUAUGUGCCAUCACUUGUCUCGGGUCAGCCUCCAGCCUGCCCGGAGUGCACGUCGCUGGAGGAGACGCGGCAGCUCAUUGGGAAGCGUCCGCGGGCGAUCGGGCGACUGCGACCGAGCGUGGUGCUGUACAACGAGGCGCACAAGGACGGGGAGGGGGUGGGAGACGUUGUGCAGAAGGACCUGAUCGGGUCGUCAAAGGGGAAGGGGAAGGGCGGGGCGGAUUUGCUGUUGGUGGUCGGAACGAGCUUGAAGGUGCCCGGGACGAGGCGGAUGGUGCGCGAAUUUGCGAAGGCGGUGAGAUCGAGGGGCGCCAGAGAGGAAUCUUCCACCCCCAGUGGCUCCGGUUCGCGACUUGCAACUCCUGCUCCCUCUCCCCGUCGUUCGCCAGCUGCCGAUGAAGAGCCAAUGCCCAAGGCGAUUUAUCUCAACCUUGAUUUUCCGGUGCCGACACGUGAGUGGGACGGUGUUUUCGAUGCGUGGAUACAGGGAGAUGCACAAGUAUUUGCGGAUAUGCUGCAGGUGGAGAUCGAGAAGGAGGCAAGGGCGAAGGAACUCGCAACGGAAAAGAGGAGGAAGAAGGAUGAGGGGAUCGCUGCAGCAGCUGCUCUUGCCUCUGAGCAAAAGAUGGCCGAUAUCAGGCGGAUAUAUGUGAAGGAGAAGGAAGAGAAGGGGAAAGAAAAAGGAGGCAAGCGGAAAUCGUCGGACUCGGCUCACACAUCGUCAUCGAAGAAACGGAAGAUCGUCAUGCCUCCGUCACCACCGUACACACCUCCUUCACCACCUCGUUAUGUCUCUCCAGAUCCGCCUGGUCACGACGAGUACGAAGACCAUGCUGAAUCAUCGAAGGUUUACCUUCGCAUCCCACCCGUCCACCUGCGCCACCAGGUCUACCCGGAAGUCCACAUCAAACGCACACCUCCACAAUAUGUCCGACCGUACGAGCUCAUUCGCAGAAGGAGCAUCACACCGCCACCCCCGCCGAUCAUGGAUAUCGAUGACUUUCCGUCCCACCUUGGGAUCCCGCACUCACCCUCACCUUUCCCUCGUUCGCAUUCACCCUCACCUUAUCUUCAUUCUUCUCAUUCGCAUUCGCAUUCACAUUCACAUUCACAUCUGCACUCCCGCUCGCACUCGCACUCGCAUUCGAUUCAUUCCCAGCCUCAUCCAAACCAUGGCCUCAACAAACGUACAAAAGCGGGUCGUAAAGCGAUUCGUGAGGCUCAACGCGCACGGAGCCAAAGUCGGGCUUGCAUGUUGACUGUCACCAGUCCGGCUUGCCCUCAUGUGUAUUCCCCACCGUCCCCGCCAUCCCCUCCGCCGUCUCAUGUCCGCUAUCUGAGCCACCACUAUGUUGGACCUGUCCAUCAUGGUUAUGAACCAUGUGAAGACAAAUUUGAUAUUGGCAUUCCGCAAGUGCCGGGGGUGGUGGUUCGGAGUUGA